AAUAUGAAUUUAGUUAAAUCAUUAGAUCAUAAAUCAUAAUAUAAUAAUAUAAUGUGAUCAAUGAUCAUUAUGAUCUAAAAUUUAAUUACUAACUCUUAUACAUUGUGUUGAGAUUUUACAGUAAAUAUGACCAGAAUUGUGUUUUUUUUUUGUUUGUAAACAAAGGAAGCUUAUUAUUUAAUUUUAUGUGAGACGAACACUACUCAUUGUUUUAUAUGAAAACACUUAAACAAAAUGAAAAAAUAUUUAGCAGUAACAAGACAUAAACUAGAUAAUGAAUCAGUAGAAACAAACACUUCAGAGAGUCAAAAUGAAGUUGAAAAAAAAAUUGAAAAACUAUUUGAAUUAUUUUGUUCCAAAGCAAAAUGUGAUCCAGAAGUCCCAAUUUUUUACAAACAAAAUCAUAUAAAUUAUAUAAAAAAUCAUAUGUUUACACUACCAGAAAACUAUGAAUGUUUGGACUCCAGCCGACCAUGGCUAUGCUACUGGCUAUGUCAAUCACUCGCACUCUUAAACUGUAAAUUAUCAGUUUCAGAGAAAUCUAAUGUUGUUUCAUUCUUAUCAAAGUGUCAACAUGAAACUGGCGGGUUUUGUGGUGGACCAAAUCAAAUGCCACACUUGGCUCCUACAUAUGCUGCUGUCUGUGCUUUAUGUUUAAUUGGUACGGAAGAAGCAUAUGCAGUGAUAAAUAGAGAGAAUUUAUAUAAAUUUUUGAUAUCUCUUCGUUUGCCCAAUGGUUCAUUUAGAAUGCACAAAUAUGGUGAAUGUGAUGUUCGUGCUGUGUAUUGUUCAGCAACCGUAGCACGCUUGACCAACAUAUAUACAGAUAGUUUGUUUGAAUCAAGUGCGCAAUGGGUGAUCAGAUGUCAGACAUAUGAAGGAGGCUUUGGUGGAGUCCCUGGAGUGGAAGCUCAUGGAGGAUAUACAUUUUGUGGAUUUUCAGCUUUAUUAUUACUUAAAUCUAUUCAUAUGUGUGACACAAAAUCACUUCUUCGAUGGGUAGCUAAUAAACAGAUGUCAUUUGAAGGUGGUUUCCAAGGGCGAACAAAUAAGCUUGUGGAUGGUUGCUAUUCUUUUUGGCAAGCUGCUAUUUUUCCAAUAAUAUCAGAACUUUUAGAAUCUGAAACUCAACGUCCAAUGUGGUCAAUGUAUGAUUAUCAAGCUCUCCAAGAAUAUGUACUUAUAUGUUGUCAAAAUAGAUAUAGUGGGGGCCUUAUUGAUAAGCCUGGAAAACCACCUGAUGUAUACCAUACUUGCUACGUUCUUAGUGGCCUAUCUAUAGCUCAACAUGCAGUUGACGACAGUAGUUGUGUUAUAGGUAAACCUGAAAACAUUUUGAACAAAAAUAAUCCUAUUUAUAACAUUGAAGAAUCUUGUUUGCAGAAAGCUCUACAAUAUUUUAGUAUGACAGAACCAAUAAAUUAUUUUUAAGUAUGAUUACAAUACAUACUGUACAUACACAACUGAUUCAAUUAAAUCUUGAGAAACCUGUUUUAUGAAGUUCAAAUUAAGACUAGUUGUAACAUAUUUAUGUUUAUUAAUUACAAACUCCGAGCAAAUACAUUCAUUAAUUAUUUAAUUAAAUUUUUGUUGACUUAAAUAACAAUAUUGUAAUUAUUAAUAUUUCAUUGUGAAUCAAAUUGUUAAUAUUAUUAAUGGUUCCACAGUACCUAACUAAUGAUUUUUGUUUAUUUUUCUUAUUAUUAUUAUUAUUAUUUUUUUUUUUUUUUUGUAAACAUUUCAAUUAAUAAAAAAAUAUAAUAAAUUUUAUUUUCAAAAUUGAGGUUAUAUUUUAAAUUAAUAAUACUAAAUGUAAAUAUGUGCAUGUUUGAAAUAAAAGUAGCUGAUCAAAAUAAAUAUUAUCUAUUUAAAUGCA